AUGGAAUAUAUUAUGGAGAAACAUAGAUCAUCAUCAGUAGAAUAUGUAAAGGAAUUAGAUCCACCCGAGAGGAUUAAAUCAAUUCCAAGAUCGAAUACUUUGCCAAAGACUAUAUCAUGUAAUAAUUGCAAGAAGAACUGUUCAUUUGAGAAGAUAUCACCUUGUGAACGUUGUGGCAAUGGUGUCUACUGCUCAAGUGAAUGCAAGUUUGCUCAUUGGACAUUCCAUCGCAAGACAUGUAGAGAUCUGGGCAUGGUCAUCAAGAUGAAGAGAAAGACUAUAUAG